AGCUUCCCUCAUCCGACAUCAUCGACACAUCGACAUCCCCGAAUCCUCGGCCAUUGCAGCCAACAUUGCAGAACCGCGCUAGCUGUCCAACCUGAAUGCCCAUUUUCUCGCAUUGCAUGUGGAUGCUCGAUCUCAUAGACACACCUGCAUUCCAUCCGGCGGAAGAUAAAUGACGGUUCCCCCGGGGGCGGGCGGUGACGGUGGUGAAUCCGCGAUCCAUCUUCCGGCACCAUCAACAAGAGAAAGAUGGCGACGACGCCAGUCUCGCGUGUCCGACCCCCUCCGCAAGAUCCUCGACGUCUUCAAACCCGGCGAUCGUCGCGACCGCGACCGAUCGAACGCUGGCUCGACGCUGUUGAUUUACCCGCCCCCCGACACUACGGAGGAAUGGCAGAUCCCGGGUCGCUUGCUCGACGUCGAUAAUAACACUAUUCCGGUCAUCAUCGCUCUCGACACUCAAUCUGAGAAGGACCUUAUCUCGUCCGAGCUUCAGACGCGGUUGCACCACGAGUUAAAGCCGUGCGGUGACCAUGAGCGGAUCAUUACCCUUCACACUGACCCAACCCCUGUGCAUGGAGUGCUCGAGAACAUCAAAUGGCAAGGCGUGCCCGGGCAAAAGACCUAUGUGUCCGACUUCCGCGUGGUUCACACCGAUCAUUUCGAUGUCAUUAUUGGAAAACAUACCAUCAACAAGUAUCGUUUGGUCGAGUGGAAUCUGGACAUGUGAGAGCGGUGGAAGGAAGGCGCUGAACCUGGGUAAGUCAUUGGUUAUAUAUCGGUGUUGGUUAUACACCAUCUUUGGCAGAGUUGCACCCGGCGGACUGUCUAGUUCCGCACGGUAUAUAUAUGGCGUUGUCCAAUCCACGAGACAUGGAUUUAUGGAAGCUUUAUGAUUAUGAGGAUGCGGAUUGUCAAGCAAGGAGUAUUAUAGCUGGUGCUUUUGGCGUUGGGAUGAUUUAUGUUUAUAAACAAUCAACUAUAUCGAUCUACGGAUCGGAGGAGGUCGUGGACAACAGUCGCGACCUAUCGUGUUCACUCCUUGUUG